AUGCCGGCGCCGCGUUUGCUGCACUUCAACGUCUUCUGCAUCGCUGCGCCUUACAACACCAAUGUGGCCCCUCCGAAUGCCCUGAUAUUGCUGCGGGUGGCUGUGCCCAGUACGGGCUGCGGCAAUGAUAUCCUGGUGAAAUUGGCAAAGCAUACGGAAGCUCCAAGUGGCUUCAAAUUUGAAAAAGUGAGGAUCAAAGGAAGAGGAAUCUUUCUGGAUGAGAAGGCCAUUCUGGAAGAUGUGGUUCAUGAGCACGAGACGGACUUGGAAGCCUUCAUGGGAGAAGUUGCGAAGGAGGAAGAGCUAACAGAGCCAUUGAGAUUGGUAAAGCAGGAGCCGAUCGACCGGAUCGACAUGGUUUUACGUUUAAUGCAAAACCGAAGCGAUGAACAGCGAACGCUGCGCUCGCGAAGUGUGCGAAGCCGUCCAAAACGUCCAAAAUGUCCAAAACUCAUUGGUGCCGUGAAGCGCAUCGUGGCCACGACCAAAGAGUACGUGGAGAGCUUGAAAUUUUGCAUGCGAAGUGGCGAAGUCAUCUCCCAUGGCAAGGAGGAAGAGAAACCUGACCAGAAGGAGUUGAAAUACGCGUGUUUCUAUUUGGAGGAGGAGGAGUUGCUCCAGGAAGUGGAACAACUGAUGGAUCGCGAUGCGCCACCAGACACCUUAGGAGUGGAGAUCCUACUGAGAACAUCAAAGCGUGAUUUGACGAUCAGUGGCGCUGCGAAAUCGAGACCCCCACCCAAUGUGGUCAGGAAAUGUUUAAAAGCACCGGCUGGUCGGCAAAUUCGCGGCCUAAUCUUCGCGAACCAUGAGAUGGUUGGGUACCGUCAUCACAGGUCGGUGCCAAAGUACAUCAAAAAGAACCAGAAGAGGGCGCGACGGCAGCAGACACAGCAGACACAGCAGACACAGCAGACACAGAGCAUGUUUGCCUUGGAAGACGAGACUUCGAAUGCCAAGAGGCUUAGACUUCAGUGAGGCCCCAGAGCUUGGAGUUUGUGCCGUUGCGUUGUGGACACAAAGGUCAUUAACAUGCCAUUAACAUGUUGUGGUUUGUUCGUGGAAAAUCAGAUCUCUUGAUGGCUCGGUUUUUUGUUGACGCACGAACCUACCGGCAGGACUGCUGGUUGGACUUAGAUGAUGUCCAAGCGCGGACAGAGCCACGUUCUUCAAAGAAGAAAUACUUUUAAAACAGUGUGCGGAUUGUUGCGGAUUGUUGCGGAUUGUUGCGGAUUGUUGCGGAUUGUUGCGGAUUGUUGCGG